AUGCCUCUCCGCCUUCGAGUCGAUGGGACCGUCUUCCGUGAUGGCCACAAUCGCGAGGUUACUAUACACGGAAUCAACGUCGCCGGCGAUGCUAAAUACCCUCUGAACCCGGACCAAUGUUCGCAUAUCAAGGACAAGUUCUUCGAGGGCGAUGACGUCUCUUUCGUCGGCCGACCUUUUGGCCUCGAAGAAGCCCAUACGCAUUUCGACCGUUUGAAGAGAUGGGGAUACAAUACGAUUCGUUACAUCUAUACUUGGGAGGCCAUCGAGCACGCUGGUCCUGGAAAGUACGAUGAAGAAUGGAUCCAGCAUACCAUCAAGGUUUUGCGCUUGGCCAAGAAGUACGGCUUCUACGUCUUCAUGGACCCCCACCAAGAUGUCUGGUCGAGGUAUACCGGUGGCUCAGGUGCUCCCAUGUGGACCAUCUAUGCCUGUGGUUUGAACCCUCAGGCUUUUCUCGCAACUCAGGCUGCUUUUGUCCAAAAUACAUGGCCGAACCCUGCCGAUUUCCCUAAGAUGGUCUGGGCUACCAACUACCAGCGCCUUGCUUGUCAGACUAUUCUCACUCUCUUCUUUGCUGGCAAAGAGUUUGCUCCCAAGGCUGUGCUGGAUGGCAUGAACAUCCAAGACUAUCUCCAAGGCCACUUUCUAGACGCUAACAAGAUUCUGGCCCAGCGCAUCAAAGAAGCAGGCGACCUCGAACAUGACGUUGUUAUCGGAUGGGAGAGCAUGAACGAACCGAACAGAGGCUACAUUGGCUGGGAAGAUCUGUCCAAAUGGCCAGCAGACCAAAACUUGAAGAAGGGCCCUACACCAACAGCCUUCCAGUCUAUGCUUACUGGCCUCGGCAGGGCUGUAGAGCAAGACACUUUCGAUUUCGGUAAUUUCGGUCCUUACAAGUCUGGCAGUGAGCUCGUCGACCCUAAGGGAGAAAUUGCAUGGCUACCCGCAGGAUACGACGACUCACGCUACGGCUGGAAGAGAGACCCCGGAUGGAAGCUAGGUGAAUGUCUCUGGGCUCAGCACGGAGUCUGGGAUCCCAAGAACGACAAGCUGUUGAAGAAAGACUAUUUUUCAAAGGUGCCUGUCUCGGGCGAGACAAUCACACACGAGUACUACACCAACAACUUCUGGUUGAAUCACUAUCGCGCAUACAGGGAUACGAUCAGAAGCAUCUUUCCUGACACAAUCAUGUUCUGCCAGUCUUCGCCAUUCGAGGUGCCACCGUCAAUUAAGGGCACCAAGGAUGACGAUCCGCAGAUGGUCUUCGCGCCUCACUUCUAUGACGGUAUCACCCUCAUAACAAAGAAAUGUCCUGCCUUUGCGGUCAAACUCGGAGAGAGUGCUAUCAGAAACUGCUUCCGCGACCAACUCAAAUAUCUGCGCGAAGAGGGUGAAGAGAAGAUGGGUCCUCGUCCUACAGUCUUCACCGAGAUUGGUAUCCCGUACGACAUGGACGACAAGCACGCGUACAAGACCGGCAAUUAUACCAGUCAGACGCUCGCAAUGGACGCGAACCAUUUCGCACUUGAGGGCUCCGGAGUAGCGGGUUUCACGCUUUGGACAUACGUACCGUCAAACAACCACUACUGGGGCGACAACUGGAAUGGCGAGGACUUGUCCAUCUACUCUGUCGACGACAAGCAAUUACCGACAUCUCCUGAGGUCGACAGUGCAACAUACAACCCAGAGUCGCCAUCGUAUUCAGAAGGUAGAACAUCCGGAGACGCAUCGGUCAGCCCAUCAAUACUGAAGCGCACGUUAUCUGUAGAUCGAAUGAGCGCCUCGAAAACACCUUCCAUCAAUUCAGAUGGCGUCGGCAUGCGUGCAGCUGAAGCCUACGUACGACCAACUCAGACAGCGACACACGGGCGCGUUGUGUCUCACGGCUUCGACCUCAAAAACUGCGUCUUCCAUCUGACCCUCUCGGCGCCCAGCUCGACAUCCGAAGAUGCGCCUACCGAGGUCUUCUUGCCAGAAUACCACUUCCCGCAGGGCAAGACCGAAGUCGAGGUGCUUGGAGGAAAGUGGAAGAUCAGUGUAGAUGAGACGGAGGGUGCAUCACAGCAAGUGCUGAGAUGGUGGCAUGCAGCAGGUGAGCAAAAGUUGACUGUCAGGGGUCUCAAGAGACGGCAGGGUACAGCGAUUGGACAUGAAGCCGAAGCAGGGUAUCUGGACCAGUGCAAAGAGACGGGCAAGGCUUGCGUUAUGAUGUAG